CCUCCAUCACUUUGAAGUUGAAACCAACAAAACCCAAACAAAACAACCCUCGGAAAUCUCCUCCAACAAGUUAAAUCAGACAUGGCUUCUUCUUCUAACUUGUUCCUCUUUGCUCUCGUCCUCGCCGUCACAUUCUGCAACAUGGAACAUGGAAUGGCGGCACGACAGCUUCUCCAACUGCCACAACCCACAGCACUGCCUCCUAUGCCCACCAUCCCAUCUCUGCCUCAGCCCACCCUGCCGCUACCAAAUCUGCCGUCCGGAGGAGGAUUACCACCGCUCCCCAGCGCCGGCGCCGCCAUGCCCACCAUCCCAUCUCUGCCAACCGGAGGAGGAUUGCCACCACUUCCCAGCGCCGGCGCCAUGCCCACCCUGCCGUCCGGAGGAGGAUUGCCGCCACUCCCGAGCGCCGGUGCCAUUCCCACAAUGCCCACCAUUCCUUCCAUGCCAAAGGUUUCUCUGCCGCCGCUGCCUAGCGGUUUUCCUACCAUUCCUUCCAUCCCCGGCCUUACCCCGGCAGGCCCUGGCAACUGAUCAGUGAAGUAGUACACGAAGUUGGCGGAUGUGAUUGUGUUUCGGAGUUGACGAUAAUGUUGUUAUGUCUUGCGAUUUCUUGUGUAGAGGGCUCAUUGUUUGUUUUUUGUGGUCAGGUUGUUGUUUGAGUUUCUUGGCUUGUAUAUUUUUGUUCACACUAUUGUAUGCAUCACUUGUAUAAUUUUCCUGUUUCAUUAUGUUACUUUUGAGUUUCCAGCACUUUAUUAUGUUACUUCUACAUAUGAUUUUCAUUGCAUUUCUCAUAUAUGGUAUUGUGACAAGAUAAGUAGAUAGAUGACUAUCACAUACGAUCCCCAAAAAAAAUAAAAAAAAAUGGGGAGUUCUCUUCCCUCUCUCCUGCGAAGGCUCGGCCAGCUUCUGAUCGCCAUGGUACUCUCGAUCUUCCUGGCCUGUCUCAACAAUCAACAACGACAACGACACCGCAAAUCCAACAAGAUUGGUGAUCAGUCGGAUCAGAAUGCAGAGGAGAUGCCAAAAGGGGCUUUCGACUCCCGAUCCGCCACCGUUUGCAGACGAAGCACGGUGUUUCAUGCCUAUGGGCGGCUGUCCAUAGAUGAUAAAAAUAUGAUUCAAAGAAUCAAGCAUCGUACAGUUAAAUGAAAGUUUGGGUUAACC